GCUGGCCCCGCCCCCUUGCCGCGUACCGAUUGGCGGGAAAGGCGGAGCGAGGCGGGGCGUCACGGGCGGGCAGCGUUUAAAGCGCAGGGGGGCGGCGGUGGGACCAGCUACGGGAGGGCGCGAUGGAGCGGGUGGUGCUGGUGACCGGUGCCAGCAGCGGCGUGGGGUUGGCGUUGUGCCGGCGGCUGCUGGAAGAGGAUGGCCGUAUCCAUCUCUGUAUCGCCUGCCGCAACUCCCAGAAGAGCGAAACCACGCGAGACCUCAUCCUGGAAACCCACCCCGCCGCUCAGGUUUCCACCGUGGAAGUGGACCUGGGUAGCCUGGCUUCCGUGCUGCGUGUUGCCCGUGAGCUCCGCUGCAGGUUUCAGCGGCUGGACUUCGUCUACCUCAAUGCUGGGAUAAUGCCCAAUCCACAUGUGAACUUCAAGGCACUCUGGCAUGGUCUCCUUACCGGGAAGUUACUUCACAUGCUGACCACUGCAGAAGGUGUAAUGACCCAGACGGACAGGCUGAAUGGAGAUGGACUUCAGGAGGUGUUUGCCACCAACCUCUUUGGACACUUUAUUCUGGUUCGUCAACUUGAGUCUCUACUCUGUGGUAACGAAAAGCCUUCACGACUCAUCUGGACCUCUUCCAGCAAUGCUAGAGAGUCUGCCUUCAGCCUCUCUGACUAUCAGCAUGCCAAGGGGCAGGAAUCAUACAGUUCCUCCAAAUAUGCUACUGACCUGACAAGUGUGGUUCUGAACAGGAAAUUUAAUAAGCAGGGUCUGUAUUCCAGUGUUGUUUGUCCUGGUCUUGUUAUGUCUAACAUGACCUACAGAAUUUUACCAGUUUUUCUGUGGAAGCUGCUAAUGCCCAUCAUGUGGUUGAUCCGCUUUUUUGCCAAAACUUACACUUUGACUCCGCAUAAUGGAGCAGAAGCUCAUGUGUGGCUCUUCAAACAGAAGCCAGAGCACCUGGACGCACUUGUCAAGUACCACAGCUGUACUUCCGGACUGGGCAAGAGCUAUGUGGAGCCCAGAAAGUUUGAUGUCGAUGAAGAAACUGCUGAGAAACUGUAUGGAAAGCUCUUGGAACUGGAGAAGCAGACUCUAGAGAAAUACAGUGAUCUCCUGGAUUAAUUAAAGCCAAUUUAAGUGGAAUAACAGUCUCAGAUGGGUAAUAUGGGCUUUCUUCAUUCUGGUGCUGCUUGUGUUGCCUGCUGUUUGCAGGCAUGUGGCUUCAGACCCCAUCUUCCUUCUCAACAGAAGAUGAACAAUUCCUGAAAAUGGGAAUGUGAAAACUGAAGAGCAAAACUUAAAUCUUUUUGGUAUGGGAUUUUUUUCUAGUAUAAAACUGGAGACCUAGAGUAGGUGGAGACUGUCUUAACAUGGUUGCAAAGAAGUGUCUUGCAAAAGCAUGCCUUCACUGUGCACAGUUUGGGAACAACCUCAAGACAUGUGGUUUAAACCUAUCUUAGCACAUGAAAAGCAGCAGUCUGGGGCUCUGUCCUCUUUUGGCUCUACACGCAUUACCGAUGUCUGAUCCUGAAGUACUUGAAGGCUCAUCUUCAGAAGAACUCCUUUUACACUUGUACACCAAACCUGGGGCCAGCUUUCCAGGUGUGCUCACCAAGAUUGAACCUUAUGGAAGUCAGGCUCUGUACAUCCUGUGAAGCCAAGCUCCUGAAGAACUGUCCUGAGAAGAGCACCACUUGCCUCAGCUGUGAGGAUAGAUGCCUUGCUCCCCCCAGGUGUGGGGCUGUAAAGGUUCUAACCACAACUGACUGCAGAAACUGAAGCUGUUGAUGUUAACCUGUGCUCAGGGCUGGUCUGGUCUGUUUGUAGCAAGAGUGAGAGGUUACCAUGUUAUUUUACAUGUUUAACUCUUUUAAUAGAAAUUUAUUGUACCAAGUAUUCUUCCUGUUGCCUAUUCUGGGGAGCUUCAAGUACCUGGUGUACUUCAAAUUCUGCAAUGAAUAAAUUAUUGGAACUGA